AUGAAGCAUAAAGACGUCUUUCCCAAUGUUGCAGCGAAAGGCCUGAAGUGUCCAAUGUGUGCAAAGGAAGUGCAGAUCCACCGUAAUCUUGUGGAACAUGUUGUUCUCGCACAUUCCGGAAAUCCUGAUGAGUAUAAAGUGGAAAAGGUCGUAUUUCACGAUAGGAAUUCGUUCGAGAUCCACCGUAAUCUUGUGGAACAUGUUGUUCUCGCACAUUCCGGAAAUCCUGAUGAGUAUAAAGUGGAAAAGGUCGUAUUUCACGAUAGGAAUUCGUUCGAGGAAUGGCGGCUAAAAACAGAAAAAAAGUAUGGAAUAAGAUGGGUGAUAGCAAGUUCGAAGUCUUUUGUCAGCAGGAAAGUAAAGCGUUUUCGCUGUGACAAGGCUUUACCGACGCCGAAAUAUGUUGCAAAACGACCAAGAUCAAAGAAGAUUGUCUCAUGUUGUACUGCUUUCAUGGAGGUUAUCGAACGUGGAAACACGUUAGAAGUGCAGUACUGCAGAACCCAUUGCGGACACGGAACCCUUUUCGACGUAAUGAACACUUGCCAUGAAGCCGAUCCUGCUCCGUUGCUUCCUCUGGAACCAGAUGUGGAUAUUUCGGUGGAAACAGAUAUAAAUCUACUGCAGUCAAAUUGGGAUUUACUAGACCACUUCGAUGCGGAUGUUGCUGCUCUGCGCUCGAAGCUGAUUCUGCUGUCAAAGUUACCACAACGGGAUGUAAACGAGCAUCUCUCGAGAAUACGGGAAACUAUCAAGGAUGCGGAUAAUUCGACGUCAGUAAUGUGUUCAUCAUAUGGAAUCCCUGAUUGUUCACCAACCUCGCGAACGGGUGCUAUGGUCCCGCCGGAACCAGUCAACAGUGGCGCGUCAUCCACCAGAGAGGAGGAGGAGUAA